AUGGGGUUUUCUCCAAAACCAACACCCAGGAAAGAUUUCCGAUCCAUUACAUUGCCAUGCAGAUCACAUCCAAGCACCUACAGAAUCGAGAAAGUGCUGAAUAAAGUCAAAACAUGGGAGUCCACAUCAUCGUUAUCGAAUCCAUCUGCAGAAAUCAUUUGCAGCGGCGUGUUUCAACUGACGGAGUUGUAUGAAUGUUUGGAUGACCUUGUCAAAACAUGUCCUUCCAAAACUUCGUUAGAUUCCAGCAAUCAGAACAUGAGAUGGACGGAUGAGUUACUUGAUGUAUCUGUUAUUUUCAUGGAUAUUUUCAGCAAUAUAUCUGAUCUCAUGUUGCAGACAAAACAACAUGUGAGGGAUCUUGGAUGUGAUCUAAGGAGAAAUGGUGGUCCCAGCAUCGACAGCAUCAUCGACAAUAACACUGCCUUCAGAAAGAAACUGAGAAGAGACAUUAGAACGUCUGUAGCUAGUCUGAAUCAAUUGGAUGACAUGAUUAGCUACCAUCCCUUGGUAGAUUUUGAAAACAACCAUCUGAUAUCGGUGAUCCGAGUAUUCAGAGAAGUUAAAGCAUUCACCGAUGUUAUUGUACAAUUGUUGUUGAAAUUCUUGGCUAUUCCACUUUUGAAGAGAAGAUCGAGAAGCAGAUGGACAGCAGUCUCAAGAUAUAUAUCCAAAAGUAAAGUGGUACCAUAA